CCGGCGUCACCGGGAGCUCCCGCAGAUUAGAACUCGCCUCUCCUAGCUCCUCCCCUCAGUCCCAUUUAAAGCUCCUACAGGCUUUACCGAAAAAUUGAGGGCUCAGUUUCUGCAGCGCCUUCUUCCACUGCAAGAUGAACACUGUUCUGCCUUGCCAAGACCAGUACUUUGUAGGAGGCCAGAGCUAUAAUUGCCCGUAUUCCACUACAACGUCAGAAUCUAGUGUUGACGUUUCCACGGAGACUUGGGUCUCUUUCUGGGCUGCUGGUCUCCUGGACAACAGAGAGCCCCAACAAGCACCACAGGCGCAGGAAUCAUCCAGUGACUCCAAUUUCCCUGUUCCUAACUCAUGUUCGUGGGAAGAGGCUCAGCUUUCCUCUCAGCUCUACAGAAACAAGCAGCUCCAAGAUACUCUGGUGCAGAAGGAAGAAGAACUUGCUAGGUUACACGAAGAGAAUAAUCACCUUAGACAAUACCUGAAUUCUGCUUUGGUUAAAUGUCUUGAGGAAAAGGCCAAGAAAUUACUGUCAUCAGAUGAGUUUUCCAAAGCAUGUGGAAAAUUCAGAAAGGGAAAGAGGAAACCCAAAGAGCAAAGAUAUUUUCCUCCUGAGAUCCCCCAUCACAAAAAUGCCAAGAGAAACCUCUCCGGUGAAUUUGCUAACUGUGAAGAACAACCUGGGCCCCCUGUGGAUCCCUGGGUUCUUCAAACACUUGGAUUAAAAGACCUCAAUACCAUUGACGACACUUUAUCAGCUAACUACAGUGCCCUCUCCUCUCAUCCCAGAAGAAUUGCCAGCACAUUUCCCCAGUUUCCGGAUGAUGCAGUCAAUUAUGAAAAUAUCCCCAGGGAGGAUCUGCCAAUUGACUAUGGAGGUGACCAAACAACCCCCUCACAUAGCACUGCCAGGCACGGGGAAGAUUUUCACUUACUUUCUCAACUUUCAAAUGUGCCAGGAGGGCUGCAAACUCCUCCUUACUAUACUUCUGAUGUGUCUCCCAAUAAGACAGAGAUGGCCUUUUCCACAUCCCUGAGCCCUCACUGUAAUGUGAAAACUCAUUCCUUCCACCAGGGACAAGCCUUUGUUUGUCGAGAUGAGGAGGGAGGCUGGAAGUUCACUUGGGUCCCUAAGCAGUCUUAGUGACCCCUGCUCUAACACAAAAGACUGCCAUCAACUCUGUUUACGAAGACCUCUCUUGCACUUGAACCUGACUAUUUGGAAUACGGAAGCUAUUGCCCAGACUGUCUCCUGCCACUUUAAAUGUCAAUCUCAAUUAUCCACUUAAAUCUGCAAAGAACAGCUUCCAAGAAUCCAUGAUGAAACAUGCCUACUCUUUUUUCACCUAAAUUUGACUUGUUUACAUAGCAACACCUGCUGUUGACUUCCUCCCUUUGCCCUGUACUUGAAAAGGUAUUUUCCAAUUGCCUGAAUACUUCUUUGAGGCCUGCAUAUGUUCUUUCAAUUAUAACAAGUCUAACAGCUUUUCUCCCUUCAUCAAGCAGUUUAAAUGUUCAUAGCCUCCACCCUCUCACUUUCGUCCCUCUCCUGCUCCUCUUUAUUUCUGAAAACUGCCUCUAGAGUGAAUGCUAUCAUUUCUCCAAGUGCCUGUUACUGAGUGUUCAGUUAGCUGGGGUAGGGUAGAAAGAAGUGUCUUCGCCCAUCAUCAUUCCCGAAGACAUAAUGUAGAUGUGAGCAGUGUUAUAUGUAGUACAGUUCAGUAAGUUGAGUGUCCUGUGCUAGAGUUGAUAAAGAGGCUCUUCAAAGAGCUAUAACUCUACUGAAUAGGAAAUACCACUGAUAAAUUAAAAGAUUUAAGAGAAUUAAAAUUACUUAAAAAUGUGCCACGGUACAUCAGCUUCUAGAGGCACCUGGCAUUGCCUCUUUAACCAACCAUCCUAAUUGCCUAGAUGCUGUCAAACUUCUAUUCCUGGAAGUAUUUUCAUUCAUCAUUUUUUCACUCAUUGGUCCAUUCAAAAUGAUUGUAGGAUACCUACCAUGUACCAGGCACUGUGCUAUGUGUGGUGAUAGAAUGUGAGCAAGUUAGACCUUGUGGCCACCCUCAUGAGACUUACAGCCACUUUUCUGCUGUGACCUUGAGAAACUUACUUCCCAAGUGUGAUGAUUCAGUUUUCCUGGCUGCAUAAUACAGAAGCUGGAUGAGAUAAUCACUAACAUUCUAUAAAUCGAGGCUGGGUCCAUCAGUUUUACACCAAUAUGGCCAUCCUAACUCACUAUUCUGUUCAAUUUUGAUAGACACUAUACAUAUAUUGGGUGAGCUUUACAUAUAAUUUUUUAAAAUGUGAAUCAUUUGUAGUUCAUACAAGAAACCAUUGCUCUGAUCACAGUAUUCCUUUUCUGGUAUGAGCCCAUUUUGCAGGUUAAUUCAGUCUCUGUGAGAGUAACUUGCUCUAACAAAUAGAAACAUUAUUUUUUUAAAUAAGUGUGCAUAAAUUUAAUGUAAAUUUUGAUGUCAAAGAUUUCUCUCUUUCUGAAUAAAAAAAAAUAAAUUCUUAGUGCUAAUGCUAGUUCUCCUCAAGCUCUCUAUCCUUCCCAGAAUAAUUUACAAUCAGAGAUGCGCACCUAUGUUUUUUGGAGAAAACUACAGUUACUGAUAAAAUUCACCACCUUGAACCUCUUUCCUGUUUUUCUGUUUUCCACCUCUCGUGCGUGAGAACAUGAGUGUGCCCUUUGGAAUUCUUUGUAACUGAGACAUGACUUUUGUUGUUGUUUGGUUUUUGGUGUGUUUUUGUGGUUGUGAGCAAGUAAUCUAUUUUAUUAAGUUUUGUUACCACAUUGUAUUCUUUAUAAUCCAUGAAGGAGAAUCUAAGAUACUAACUGAUGUUAUUCUCCAGAGUAUUUUCAUGACUUAGGAAGAGAUAGAACACAUUCUAUUUUCUAAACACAAAACAAAAUAAAACAAAACAAAAACAAAGAAGUGCCUUACAUUGCAGUAUCGGUGCCCCUGGUGGGUAAAAUUUAUCUUUUUAAAAUAACAAAUUUAAUAAUUAAAAUUAAAGAAUUAAAAUUGAUUAUAGUUUGAUACACUAGGAAUCAAGAAAGCAACAUAACUAUUUUAAAAGUCUAAGUGAUCAAGCUGUAAAACAAAAUUGAUCAGUCAACAAGUAUUCAUUUUGCACUUUUGUGUGCCGUAUCAUGGUCAUGUACCAUGAGUAAACACCCAGGCUUAAAAGGAUGCGUUUGAACGGUAAAACAGAGCCUCAUAAAAUGUAAUAGUUUAAAAUGAAACUUGGUCCUUGCCUGGUUUAAAGAUAUUACAGCACUCUUGUGAUAAAUUAUGGUAACUUUCUCUGGCUUAUUCCAUGGAUGAAAGAAAGUUACCACAUCUUGUGACCAUACCUACAGACAUUUGAUAUUUAAUUGCAUUAUGUAUAAACAAAUAUUUUGUUGAUGUUUGAGAAACUGGAAAUUUCUCUCACCUAAGUAUAUGUUCUAACUUUUAAAGUUUUACCAUAGUACUUCAGUAAACCACAGUUAAAAUUUUAUUAAUGUAAAGUGAGAAAUAAAAAUUAAAUACUUUUGUGAUUGUGAUAAAUAUCUUUAUAUUGUGUAGAACAUUUUCUAGUAAUGGAUUUUCUUCUCCUGGGUUUUAACCAUAAUCCUAUUUAUUGAUUUGUACCUCUUUUAUAUGAUGUAUAUGGCCAGACCAAUCUCCAGCAUUUAGGGUUUAACCGUUCUUUUCCUUAUCCAGGAUACAUUAAUGAGGCUUUCAGAUGUUAAGUGGCCUUGAGUCAAGUGCUUUGUAGGCACAGCAACAUAACCUCCCAUAAAUACUAGCUAGCAUCCAGCAUCAAUUUUAAAAUUUUGAUGACAUUUCCUACGUUCUCUGAUCAUCUGAAAAUAAAUCCUACCUAAAUCUCACUAAUAUCUGGAAAAUAAGGGCAUUUGGAAAGCUUCAGUUAUGCAGGUGACAUAUAAUGAAUGAGAUUAAUUUAAAAGACUGCAGUGAUGAUAACUAUAAUCUUGAAAAAAUGGCAAAAAAACUGUGAAUCAAUGUAAAAAAGUUGCUGUAUUUUCUCUAUUGCAAAAAAACAAAUAUUUUUCAAUGUGACAGAUGAAUUCAAUAACCAGCCUACAUCACAGGUUCAAAGGAAAAAAUAUAGAAUUUAGACAUCUGGUGAUGAUUUUUUGUAAGUUUACGUCUUGUCUAUAAAGUCAGAAUACACAAUUUUACAUGUGUUUCAGUUAACCAAAAGAUUCGUGUGGGCAAAUAUUAGAUGCAUCAUUUUUUCUUUAUUUUUCACAAAACCAAAUAAAAUUGGUUUACAACCUACACAUGCACAGUGUAAGUAUAUUUCUUAAC